CUGAGUAACGAAAUUAAAAAACACAAAGCCAAAUCAAACAAAUUAUGUGUGAUGAUAACCAUGAAAAACAACCUGAAUUGGACUUGGAGGAAAAGGAGAAAACAUCGGCCAAAAAAGCCGUGAGUUAUGAUGAAAAAACUGUAAUAUAUGAUGAUAAGAACUCAAAGAUAAUGAAAAAACCACACCCGUCUGGCUACACCGGUAAAUUAGUGUUCGAAGUAAACGAUAAAAAACCCGAAAAAGUGACCGAAAGCGGGGAAGAUGAUAACAAAGAAAAACCCGGAGGAUGUCCUCCUUCUUGUAAAUGCAGCCCAUGCAAAUGCGCCAUGGGUUCGCCGGGUUGUAAAUGCCAAAUAUGCAAGUGCAAAACUUGCUCAAGCAUGCCAGGAAAAGGAAGCGGCACCAGCGGUGGCGGGAGCGGCGGAAACGACCCGAAACCCUGCGACUGUCCCAUUCCAUGCAAAUGCGACCCGUGCAAGGACCCCAACAUGAGAAAGCCUCAGCCUCAGCAGCAGGCCCGCUCAAGCAUCCUGGAGAAGCGGCCCACGAGCGCCCCAGCUGCCACUAACCGCUUAUCCCUAUCAAGUCUAACAAGUGGCGAUAAAAAGAAACCCAAAAAAUGCGAUUGCUCCCCUUGCCUCGCCAAACCCAAGGAGAAACUGAAGUGCGAAUGCCAGGAGUGCAAUUGCCUCAAGUGCAGCGACCCCACCAAAAAGAAACUGGUCUGCACUUGCCAACCGUGCGAUUGCAACCCUUGCUCCGACCCCACCAAGAUCAAACCCUGCACUUGCAAGCGGUGCGAGUGCGAUCCUUGUCCGGCCAUCACGAACAUCGUUAAGGAGGAGAAACCGUUGUGCCAAUGUUGCCUUUGCGUGUGCCUCUCGUGCAAGGACCCAUCGAAAAGGGUGGCCGGCAGAUCCACCAACUGCUCGUGCAAGGAGUGCCAGUGCAACCCGUGCAGCGAUCCGGCCCGGAGCCAGGCCGUGUUGGACCCGUGCACUUGCCCCGAUUGCAGGUGCAACCCGUGCAAGGACAUGUCGAAGUCGAAGCCGAUUUGCCAAUGCAAAGUCUGCGAGUGCGAAUGGUGCGUCGAUCCGGAGCAGAGGAAAUUGAAACCCGAUAUCGUCGAUUGCGAGUGCAAACCGUGCGCCGAUCUGUCGGUGAAGAAAUCGGGGAAGCAGGAGGACUGCUUGAAGGGGGCUUCUUCGUCGAAGAGGAAUACUUGUGAUUGUGAAGAUUAAUUUCGUUGCGAAUAAAGUGGAUUUUUUUGGUGGGGUUUUUUGGUUUUUAAUUCACCGACUA